AUGCCAUCUUCAGCUUUAAGCGUCGGUACAUCGCAGCUUCAGCAGACAGCUCGUUAUCAAGAUCUGAGGCAAACGCCACCCGGCCAAGUCUCGCGCAACAACGCACCACCACCGCCGACGAGCAAGUCGCCUGACAGACCGGCUGCUCAUGCAGGGCCGUCUAACCCGCCACAAGCCCCUGAGUUUUCACGAGCACCGGCGCAGCCGCGCAGCUCAAAUGGCAAUCCAGCAUCGGCACCGUCGGCACCGUCUUUGUCGACCUUCCAACCCGUGAGCGCGUCUGCGCCUCCUAAGACUCAACCCCGACCACCCACCAUGUCACAACCCUCCCUCACCACACCGCCAUCAACAUCCGCGGGUCCGCACAACCCGAGUCAUCGGGAGGCAGUGCAAAUGGUCGCCGAAGCGGCCAAUGCACAGGCCCGUCAAGUCCUCGACCCCAUCCGCCAGUCCGUCUCGGACGCGCUCACGUCUGCGCAUGUCACGCUCGCCCAGCACCUUGCGCAGCUGCAAAGCAUGCUCGUCAGGGCCGACCUCCGGCAGGCGCAGGCGCAGGCGCAGAUCGCCGCCUUGCGCGACCAGAACGCGCGGCUGACGGAGGAGCGCGACCGCGCGCGCGAGCACGCGGAGCGCGUGAAGAAGGACGCGGAGGCGGCGGUGGAGGAGGUGAGCAAGAUGAAGGAGAACGUGAUGCCGCGGCUCGUCAUCGACCACUACCAGCUCAAGGGCGAGCACGACGCGAUCAAGGCGGAGCUCGCGAGCGCGCAGGCGGCGAAUCGCGAGCUGCGGGAGAAGCUGCAGGUGCAGGUGCAGGCGACGCUCGCGGGGCAUGCGCAGGCGGGGUCUGCGCAGGCCGUGACGAGCAUGUUCGUCGUACCGCGAGCUCGUCCCGAUGAGGCGGGCGACGUGAAGGCGGAGCAGGGUGUGGAGUCUGGGGUGCAGGUGAAGGAGGAGCGGCUCGCGUUUGGGGUCGGGGGGCCUGUCAAGGGGCCUAGCUCGCCGAGUGCGGUCGAUGCGGAGACUGCGUUUGCUCUGGCCCAGGCGAUCAAUCUGCGUAAACAGAAGCAACGGGAGCAAGAUGUUCAGCGUUUCCAGGCGAUGCUGCUGCAGCUUGCGUCUGGGCCUGCGCAAGCCCAAGCACAACCUACGCAAGCCACUGUAUCACCCUCCCACAUGCUUCCGACACCGCCAUUGCCCCUUCGUCCCCGCCUCAACGCUGCAGAACUCGGUCAGCAAAUAGCGCCUGCCCCAUGUCCGGAUGCGACACAGGCCCAGGCUGUCCCAUCUGCCGCACCGGUGCCAAAGGUGGAGGAGGAAGACGGGGCUGCGAUGCUCUGUGCCAUCCCGGAGCUGGGCCACGUCGACGUGAGCGGGGUGCUCGAGAUCAUCGACCUCACCCACGAGGGUGAGGUCACUGAUUCGCCCAUGCAGCUCACGGGAGACCUUCCUUCUUUCUCGCGUCGCACUCAGGAGGAUGAGCCAGCAUCAGAAUCGGAGGAGAGGAAGCGUCUUCCCGAGACGGGGUGGAACGAGCGCCAGGUAACUCCCAACAAGAGGCGGAGGACCGAGGACCACAUGGUCGUCGACUCAUUUGCAACUCUUGAACCAGCGGUGCAAAACGGCCCAUUGGCGGAACAAGCGGCAGGGGAUGGUGCUCCGUUGACCGAUAUGAACAACUCCUUCUUGCGUUCGUUGAUAGCGGUGGCCGAGUCGAUGGCGGCUGAACCCGCGGUGUCGCUUCCGCCGGUAGAGUUCGAGUCAGCAACUCUAUCUACGGGCAACCAUGGCGGUGAACGGGAUGCUGGACGGCCUAAGACUCCUGCACAUGCGACAAACGACAGAGACAUCGCGCCCGAUACGCAGCAUGGCACCGCACCCGCGCCUAGCUCCUUUGCCGUCGACGUGGCCUCACCUCCUCAGCAUGUAGCUAUGUCGGACCUACUUCUGAGUGCCAGUUCUGCACCGGCCUACCCAUCUGCCACUACGUCAAGUACUCGCUCUAGGCAGGUGCCUGCGGACACCGCUCCCGUUUCUAAUCUCGUCAACUCUCUUGCUCCUGAAUCUACAUCAGUUCCUUCGGUUCCUCCACCAACGGCUGUUUAUACAGAGCCUCCACCGGCUGCGUCAGUAUCUACGUCCGCAAUUGUUCCGCAAGCACCGCCAAUCACGCCAGUUGUGGAUGCCUUCGCCAAUUGCAAUCUGUCUUUUCCUUCUCCCACGAACGCUGUCCAGCUGCAUACCGACACCCCCGAAUCCAGUCCAUCCAAGCCCGCGCCGCCGAAGAAGCUCGGCAUCGCACAUAUAGAGUUGAUCUACCAGCGCCUCGGUGAGGACGGCCAGUACAAGUGCCGAUUAUGCGAUGAACGCAAGAAGAAAUAUCCCAACGCACCGACGACGAGGCUUGCUGCGCACGCGCCGGGAGAAGCUCUCGUCGCCCAUGUCGAGAAUGCCCAUCCAGCGACGAUCGAGUAUUAUCUGCAGAUGACCCCCGAGGACAUUCGGGAACAGAAGCAGGAAAUCAAGGCAAUCGAACAGACCUCCCUCGAAAGAAGGCCCAGGCGCAAGAGCUAA